UUUACGUUUCAAAGACGUUCUCUUGCAUCUCUCUCAUUGAAUCAGUGUGGUAUGGAUGGCAGGAGGGAGGUGAAGAAGAAGGAGAGGAAGCAGAAAACAUUCAAUCCACAUCGAUACACGCAAACAAUAAUGGAUUCGCAUGCAACAACUGUUGUCAAUUGUAUGCUAUUAGCAUUGAAAACUUAUCCAUUCAAAAUCUAUAUCAAUGAUAGUAAUGGUGUGAGUGCCUUCAAUCCAAUAGCAGAAUUAAAUCUAACUAAUGGACCGACCAUUUUAACGGCUGAAUAUUCCGUAUAUGGAAAUGCACCAACCAGCGCCAGUGCCAGAGAUUUUAUAACCGAUUGCUUUAAACCGUCACCUAAGAGACCGUACGAAAUCCCCUGGGAACAAAAAGUAUUGUGGGCCUUUCUUUUCGGUAGCAUGCUGUUGAUUGCCAUUAUUGGAAAUUGCAUUGUCAUUUGGAUAGUACUAGCACAUCGUGAAAUGAGAACCAUCACAAAUUACUUUCUAUUGAACCUAAGCAUCGCCGAUCUGCUUAUGUCCUCGUUAAAUUGCAUGUUCAAUUUUAUCUAUAUGCUGAAUUCGGAUUGGCCAUUUGGACGUUUCUAUUGUUCGUUGAACAAUUUUAUGGGAAAUGCAACAGUUGCAUCAUCAGUUUUUACUCUGGUUGCAAUUUCUUUUGACAGGUAUGUGGCGAUUGUGAGACCUCUUCACCGGAGAAAUUCGAGAAAGAAAGCGCGAAUGUUCGUUAUUAUCAUAUGGAUUCUAAGCAGUAUGUUGUCAUUGCCAUGUUUAUUCUACUCAACUACCGAGUCUAAAGUAUAUCAAAGUGGCAAGCAAAGAGUCGUCUGCUAUCUUUUAUGGCCUGAUGGAAAGUAUCCGACUUCACUCACCGAUUACAUUUAUAACUGUGUGUUUCUAGUGCUGACAUAUGGAAUACCUAUAUUGAUAAUGGUUGUGUGCUAUACAAUCAUGGGACGUGUUUUAUGGGGUAGCCAGUCCAUUGGAGAGCAUACUCAACGGCAAAUCGAAUCAAUAAAAUCGAAAAAGAAGGUCGUGCGAAUGUUUAUUGCUAUUGUCACCAUAUUCUCCAUAUGUUGGCUGCCAUACCACUUGUUCUACGUAUAUUCGUAUCAUCGGCCCCACAUUACAUCAUCUAAUUAUGUUCCGCAUCUGUUUUUGGCAUUUUAUUGGCUUGCAAUGUCAAAUAGCAUGGUGAAUCCAAUCAUCUACUACUGGAUGAACCGACGGUUUCGGCAUUAUUUUCAAAAAAUUAUGUGCUUUUGCUGCUUCCAUUUGUGGCAACAAAAUGAAUUGCUUAAAAGUGAAACAGCUUAUAUGCCCAACUCGAUGUCAAUUGAGCGGCGUUCCAAAUCAUUUCGCCAACGCUAUAAUAAUUCAAUUAGGCUGAGUGAAAUCAACAAUCAUUCAACGAAAACACUGCAACAAGUGCUGUAUGUGAGAGACAAUAAACUCAAGACUGAAAGUAUGUUUGUGGAAUGCUUUGAUAGUCCGGUUGCUGCCAGUAAUUUGAAUUUUGCCUGAAAAAAUGGCAAACAUUUUCAGAAUAAGAUGCAUAAAGAACGAAACAACACAAAUUCACAUGCACACAACGAAAUGUGCUUGAAGCGAUCAAACCUCAGCCGGGUAAAUGCUGAAUAACAUACUUCAUCGAUUUUUUAGACCUUACUGAAUAUGAUAUUGGAACAAGGUGACAUUUACAAAACAACUGAAAAGAAAUGAUAUUUUUCAUAAUUGAAAUGAUGAUGAUACUGUUAUUUAGAUACUUAAAUUUGAAACAACGAAUGUUGGCCUAAUCUUAGCCAAUUAUUACACAAUUUUAUAUUGUGUACCGAAGAAUGAAACUAAAUAUAUAUAAACACAUAUACGUCCGAGUCGGAAAUGGAAUCGCAUCGUCACGUUGCGGUGAUAAAGGCACACCAAGAAACAUAACAAAAGAGUUGAACGAACGGAAUGACUUAUCGAAUAUCAAACGAACACAUUUGUUGACAACUAUCAAUCUUUUGACGAAAGUGUUCGAAUUAUAGCAAGUUUCAACAGGAACAAUUUAAAAUGUUGAAGUAGCAAAUAAUUGGCAUUCUUCAGUUCAUUUCGUACCUUUUUUGUCCAACCCUAGUAUUGUGAAAAUAUAUGCCUUUUAUUUGUCGUUCUUCAUGAAUAAGUGCCGUCUGACAACGUUUUCUUCUCUCUUCUCUGCACUCGAGUCGAGAGAAAAAGAACCACUUGAAUGAAAUAAGGCAUACAUUCUAACAAGCUGCCAAAACUCAACAAGUGAGGAAUUUAAUAUUAUUUUCAUGAGAAUACAUGUAACAUUCAUCAAGUCAGUGGAAAUCAGACGGUUUAAAACAAAAUAAAAAUCCAAGUGAAUAAUUUAUUGUGUCAAGUGUGCGUUGUCUGAACGUUGGAUGUUGAAUAAAGGGGCGAAAGGAUUUCAUGAUUGGUAUAUGAGAGAGAAAAUCGGUGAUUGUAUAUGAUUGAAACAGGUUUUUUAAACUUAAGAUUUCUUUUCAAGCAUUUGUAUGAGACGAAAUUGUUAAUUUAAUUCAUUGAAAAGUUCAAAAUUAAAAACAAAUGAAUUUGAGCUUGUUAUUUUUCUGCUCGAUGAUGCCACUCAGCAAAAGUGUAAAAACAAAACAUUUAUCGAAAAUUGAGUUCAUUUAAUUGAGGUUAAUUGAGUUUCAUCACACUGGUAAUGAAUCAUAUUGAUGGCAGGAACCGGGUCGCAUAUAGAAUAAUACAAGGUAUUUAUACUUUGUAUGAACGCAGACGCAACAUAUCCGUCGCUGUUCGCUUUGUGCUGCGCUCAAUAAAAACAAUGUAUGUGCGUGCGUCUCUCAAUACACGGCCACAUGCACACACGAACAUCUAUUCGCAAGCUUCAUACAUAGCGAACAGCGAUGGAUAUGUUGCGUCUGCGUUUAUACUUUGUAUAUUUAUACUGCCUGCGUUUUUUAUGCUAGUAAAAAAUUAUACGCCACCCGGUCUCUGAUUGAUAGUAAUAUAAUACAGGUCACAAUACAUCGGAUCAUGGAAGUAAAUCUAUUUAUGCAAUUUUUUUUAGUUGUGUGACAGUUUGAGCACAAUUUUGGUACACUCUGAACAAACCGAAGCAACCAAACAGUUUUAAUCCCUUCCACGUGAAUGAUACAUUCCCGAAAUGAUAAACAUACGUUACUAUAGAUUUAAAUCUUUUGUUUUAAAAAAAUAAUUAAUUUUUCAUCAUAAUGAAUUUUCAAUAAUAAUUUUGUAAGUCCGCAUAUUCCGAAAACUUUUACAAUGCAUUGUUCUCAUUUUUCCAUAAAAACAGUUUCGAACGAAAACAUAAACAAAUCAAGUCGUGUUAUUGUUAAAACCUUUUUUUGUUAUUAUUUCAAAUAAAAUUAUAGAAAGUUAGCUCAGAUAUUCUUAAACGCAGUUGCACAGCAGGACUUCAACUUUCAUGAAAUUAGUUUUAUUCACAGUACUUCUAUGAAUGUUCAUUUAGUUUCUGGGACAUUGUUUACACUGAGUGCUAGUUUGUUAGCCAUAUGCAAAAUUAUUCAGAUUAUUGGUAAUUUUGAGAAUAAACCCUCGACUAUAUCAUUCAAUAGGGCUAUGUUUAUUCAAAGUCAAAAAUGACGCUGGAUUCCAAAGUUUAACAUUUUUAAUUAUAAGAAAAAAAUCGUUCCGGAAAACUCUUCUAUUAUGGAAGUUCUAUAGCAAAACCAACAAUGCAUUGUACUUGAACUGCAAUUUGCGGCAUGGCACACCUUUUUUUUUUAAACCAUUCUGGAACCAGAAUAUUAUAAUUAUGAUUCUAUUGAAUCCACAUUUCAUUGGUCCGCCAAUCGAUAGACGAAUAAAUCGUUCAUUGUAAUAACCGGUGACUGGUGACUGUGGUAAAAAAAAACUCAUAAAACUGUCAUUAUGUAUAUAUCAGUAAUGUGCGAGGCC